UACUAUACAAUAUUGACUUGAAAAUAAACACGAUGGAAUGAAGUCUCCAGAUAACUCAUUAAUGUGGUGAUUGUGACUUCUCUCUGACUGGAUGUUCUUUUUCCCUGUAAUGUGGGCAGAACAUUGAGUGUUCUCUUACCAUAUGCUCUCCUCUGCUUUCUUUCUAGUCCACUACUUAUGCUAUCUUCAGAGCUCUUCUUGUCCAUUCAUUGACCACCUCUUCCUUUCCUUCAUGCUGCCAUCUCACCCAGCAUACUCUUCUUGAUGCUGGUUUACAAGGCACUACAGCUCACAUUCAAGUCUUUCUAUGAAGCCUAUUUCUGUACUAACUCUGCAGAUUAGCUGGCAUUUUUACGUUUCUUCCUAUUGCUUAGUUAGAAUUGGGGUCAAGGACUACUUGUGUAGUCUGUUCACUGUGGGUGAAUUUGACAUUAUGGAAUUUACAAGUCAAUAAUCCAUGUGGGACAGUUAAAUCAAUGUGCCAGACUGUGUAGUUUCUAAGGAUGUUACCAUGUAGCUAUUUACACAAUCAAUAAGACUAGGCUCACUGGUUAAUCCUAACAGCUACACCCCCCACUUUUUCCCCACUCCAGUAUCUGUAGCAGGAUUUACCAUGUGCGGGGGCCAUAUUUUGUUGAAGAUCAUGAAACGACAGCAUAAUUAGAAGAUCAUUCAACAUCAAGUGGUACUUCCUCGUUCAAGCCCAGCCGAUCACUGGUCUCUCUUCCCACUGCCCAUGUGAUGCCGUCUAAUGCCAGCUCUUCACUUUCCAAACACAGGGAAGCUUUGAAGUCUGAUGGUUCACAAUGGAAUACAAACCUUUUACGAUCAGGAGGAAGCCGAAAUCUGGGCAUACUGGACAACUCUCUUGACAUGAAAGAUGUGAGGCCUGUAAGGAAAUGGUCAUCCUUAUCUAAACUCAGCACACCAGAUAGCUGCAGUCAGGAUGAAAGUGUUCUUUCCGGGGACUCCAGGGCUAGCACUGACAGAUCAGGGAGAGACAAGACCACGUCACCACAAUUAAGAACAAGUGGGCCAAGCUGUUUGUAUAAUAGCAUGGAGUUGCUUAAAAUUGAGGACAAAGAAACUGGGAAAAAAAGAUCUUCUACAUUGGAUUGCAAAUACAAAUUUGAAAGUUGCAGCAAAGAAGACUUUGGUGUUUCAGACUCUGGAAAUAGGAGACAUGUCUUUGACAUGACCUACAGUGCCUUACCUGAAAGCAAGCCCAAUGCAGCCUGCAGUGAGACACUUGGGCAUAGAUAUGUAACACUGGGACAGCAGGCUAUGAGUGGAGUACCCAUUCAGCCCUCAGUCAGGACUCAGAUGUGGCUUACAGAACAGUUGCAUGCAAAUCCUCUGGACUGUAGGACUUCUGAGGAGUCUUACGGUUUGGCAUCUUGGCAGCUGCAACAGUUUGAAGAACUUCCAUCAGGAAAUGAGCACCCAAUGCAGGUUUUGACUGGAUCAUCUCGUCAAGGUUACCCAAGUACAGGCUAUCAGGAUUUCAGUAAUUGGGAAUCUCUUAUGAAAAUCAAAGAAGGGUUGCUAAGACAGAAAGAAAUUGUGAUUGAUCGGCAGAAGCAACAAAUUAACAGUUUAUAUCAGAAGAUAAGGGAGAAUGAAUUACGGGCUCAACAUGCCAGGCUGAGCCAUCUUGGGAAUUGUGAAGAAUCCUAUGUGACAAAUUUACAGAAGCAUCAGCAAUAUGAGAGCACAUCAUUGCAAGCUCCAUUUUCAGAAAGAUCAGUGUCUCACUGUGAGCUUGAGCAAAAACUUGCAUCAGUUGAGAAUAAGGAAAUGCAGCUCAAUGAGUUUCUCAAGCAAAUUUCAAACAAAUCCAGUGAAGAGAAAAAGAAGAUGGAAGAGAAACUUAAAACUAGAGACCGAUAUAUAAACAGCCUGAAAAAGAAAUGUCAAAAGGAAUCUGAACAAAACAAAGACAGACAGAGACGAAUUGAAACCCUAGAAAAAUAUCUGGCUGACCUGCCAACGCUGGAUGAUGUAGAAAGACAGAGUAAGCAGCUGCAGAUUCUAGAAGAGAAGAACAAGCAGCUCCAAGAAACAGUGACAGAUUUGGAGAAGAAGCUUGGAGACAUUAGAACACAAUGUAGGGAGAAAGAGCUGCAGCUUGUGUGUCAGAAAAAGAAAGAAAAAGACCUGGUUGCCACAGUGCAAAGUUUGCAACAGAAAGUAGAAAAAUGCCUGGAAGAUGGUAUCCGCCUCCCCAUGUUGGACACAAAACAGCUUCAGAGUGAGAAUGAAUGCCUCAAAGAAAAGAAUGAGAGAGCCAGUAAGGUCAUAGACAAUCAACAAAAUCAGAUAGCUGGGAUGAUAUUAGAAAUUCAGUCCAUGGAAGAGAAGCUUUUGCAAGGAAAACUGACAGUGCAGAAGAUGACAAAUGAGAUUGAAGAAAAAGAAAGGCAUAUACAGCAGUUAAAUAAAGCUCUGCUUGAAAACCAAAGACUAAUGGAAGAAAAUGCCUUUUUGAGGGAGCAGAUACACCAGAUGGAACAGUCCAGACAGCCAAUGUCUGAAAAAAUGCCAGUGGCUGACCAGUUGUUCAAAGAAAUGUCCCAUUGUUUAUUUGACUUGAAAGCACUAUGCAGCAUUCUUACCCAGAGAGCUCAGGGCAAGGAGCCUAACCUGUCCUUACUGCUGGGAAUCAGAUCUAUGAGCUGUUCAGCUGAAGAGAAUGAGAAUUACCACAGCACAGAAACUCUCACCCAGAAGCUCACGGAUGUGUGCCAGUUACGGAAGGAUAUUGAUGAACUGAGGACUAUAGUAUCAGACCGUUAUGCUCAGGACAUGGGAGAGAACUGUAUUACGCAAUGAUAAAAUUUUGGUCUCACAGCAAAGACUAUGUUAUUAAAAGCUGCUGUGGUACAGAUCUUUGUAUUUCUAUGAAGGAUCCAUAUUGGAAGAUUACAUGUUGUAUAUGAGCUGCACAGGAGUCUCUCUUGGUGGGUCUGAGGGGUUGUGCAUAUUUAAAUUUGGGAGAUGAUGGGGCAAUCUUAAUUUGAAGAGAGUGGUACACACCUCAAGAAAAUCUAUGCUCUCCAAACUACUGACUGUAGGACCAAGCUGUGAAGAAUGUUCCCAUUAGAGAGGUAGAAUUUGUAUUUCCUCCCUCGUGGCUCAUUUAAUAAUCCAUAUGGUUAUAUUGUUUUCUGGAGUCAAAGCAAAGUCUCAAAGAAAGGCACUGUUGUUACUACUGUAUGUACUUACUUUCU